AAAAAAUACAUCAAAUACUUUCUUUCCUUCUUUUUUUGGUGAAGACUAUUUUCCUCGCUCACACAACCCAAAGACUAGUUCUUGACCUCUAAUAAAAUAACUGUAGGGUUUAUUGAGCCCAAUUUAAAGACCCAAGCAAAACCAUAUUGGGCUUAUUAAGAUAGGCCCAUAUUGAGGACGUCGGAGCGUGAAGGGCACUCUCAUGAAAAGCGCGUUAGAGAAGAAUUAACGUCAAGACCCGAGACGCAACUUCACUCGGUCGUGGCUAAUUCUCCGAUUAGGUUUUCGAUUCUCUUCGUCUUCGUCUCUGAAGCGACCAAAAACCCUAAUUCUAUCAAUUCGAAAUCUUCAAUUUCACAUGGGUGAACAUUCACCUUCUCAACCAUCAUCUCAUACUCUUCCUCCAAACCAACCGGAAUCACCCAAUCACGAAACCCCUAAUCCAAUUCCACCGGAAACCAACGAUGACGACUCCGCCUCAUCCGCCGGAGUUUCUGGCUCAAUCGUCUCAUCAACCACCAUUGAAGCACCACAAGUCACUGAAUUAGGCAAUGUAUCGUCUCCACCUACCAAGAUCCCUCUCCGUCCUCGAAAAAUCAGAAAACUUUCACCCGACGACGACGCUUCCGACGGAUUCAAUCCGGAGCAUAACCUUUCUCAGAUGACGACGACGAAACCGGCAACGAAGAGUAAAUUAUCACAGUCACGCACUGUAACCGUGCCGAGAAUCCAAGCAAGGUCUCUCACUUGUGAAGGCGAGCUUGAAGCAGCUCUUCACCAUCUCCGAAGUGUUGAUCCUCUGCUCGCGUCUUUAAUCGACAUUCAUCCACCACCAACGUUCGAGACUUUUCAGACUCCGUUCUUGGCGUUGAUUCGAAGCAUUCUUUAUCAGCAAUUAGCAGCUAAAGCAGGUAAUUCAAUCUACACACGCUUCGUUGCCUUAUGCGGCGGUGAAAACGGCGUCGUGCCAGAGAAUGUAUUGCCUUUAACACCUCAACAGCUUCGUCAAAUUGGUGUUUCCGGGCGUAAAGCGAGUUACCUUCAUGAUCUUGCUAGGAAAUAUCAAAAUGGGAUCUUGUCGGAUUCUGGAAUAGUGAAUAUGGAUGAGAAAUCUUUGUUCACGAUGUUAACAAUGGUGAAUGGGAUUGGGUCAUGGUCGGUCCAUAUGUUUAUGAUAAACUCUCUUCAUAGACCUGAUGUGUUACCAGUUAAUGAUCUUGGUGUAAGGAAGGGUGUGCAGAUGCUUAAUGGUAUGGAGGAUUUGCCUCGUCCAUCCAAAAUGGAGCAGCUUUGCGAGAAAUGGCGUCCGUAUAGAUCAGUAGCGUCUUGGUACUUGUGGCGGCUCAUUGAAUCUAAAAAUACACCACCUAAUGCUGCGGCUGCUACGGCCGGAGCUGCUCUUUCGUUUCCACAGUUGGAAGACAUUCAGCAACAAGAACAAGAACAGCAACAUCAACAACAUCAGCAACAACAGCCGCAGCUUAUGGACCCUCUUAAUAAUGUGUUCAGUAUCGGGUAUAGUCAGCUACAUUGUGCAACUUAGUAUCUCAGUGGUUAAUAUGCAAAAUACAUGUCCUCUGCUUUCUACUUUGCUUGAAUUUUGGUACCGUUAUUGUUGAAUAUGUUCUUUAGAUAGAGAGAGCAUUGAGUGAUUGUGUUAUUGCUAUUACUUGCUGAGAGUAAGUAAGUACGAACGUGUUUUUUCUCGUCUCCUAAAGUCAAUCUCAGUGCUUCAACUCAUUUUACUUUCACUUGCUAUGCAUGUGGUAUAUGUUCUUAUAAUUAAGAUCUGUGUAAAUUGGUUUUAGUUCGUAAGAAAAUACUCAAGUCACCUGAGAAGAUAGGGUAGUUUUGUGGAGCUUAGGAUGUUCCAGGAUAGCAUCUAUGUAGGGAAUUGGUUUGAGGUUGAUUUCAAUGGCUGGAUAGACCUAUUUGAUCUUCUGAUUUUAGUUGAUAGAUUACUCAUGUCCAGUCCUUUGCUUAUCUUAAUUUAGUCCUCAGCCUUAGCCUAUGCAUCAGAGUGAUAUUUGUGUGUUUCAACGUAAUCACGUUUAUGGCAGUGUAUGCCUCCACUAAACCUUGAUGAGAUGGAAGAAAAUGGUCAUUUAGGACUUCUAAUAGUUGAUAAGUUCACCUACUUCUGGUGUACUAAUGGUUCACAUUGCCACAAGCAAAUGCAAAAUAUACAGUGGAUUGAACAUUUAUAGAAGUGAAUAUUUUCUUAUCCAAGUCACUGUUUUCUGUAAUGCUGAAAUACUUGGUUGUGAAUUAUGGACUAGUGACAAUAAUAGCAGCAAUGUUUUAUACAUUGUAUUCUUCUAAUUUAGUUAUGUUUGCCUUCUUAACAGGGCAUGGGGCCAAACGUAGCUGACUUUGCACCUUAAAUUAUCGUCUCUCAUAGCGUGAUAGGGAUUCUGGUCCGGUGGUCUUCAGCUACUGUCUGGUGAAGAAGUCUUUGUUCCACAGCUUGGAAAUAAGAAUAAAAAUGGCCAUGGAACAGAAAUCUUCUUUAGCUAAGUGAAGAGUAUGUAAGAUUUAAGCUUAGCUAAUGAACUUGACAUCGAUUUUCUUUUUGUUGGAGACUUGAACUCGUCUAAAGAAACCUCUAAAGCGUUUCCUGAUUCGUAUCUAAAACAGAGCAACAUAUUUGAUUUCUAAAACAGAGCGACGUCUCCAUACAAAAUAACUAACACAUGGUUUUUGGCCGAGGAAGAAUAGUCACAAG